CACGGGCCUGGCCAGGGCAGAGGCUGUGCGGGCCGAGAGGAGGUGUGCUGCAAGAAGCCCAGAUGUGAGCCGGCCUGGCCUGUGGACGCUGACCCGCCUCUGGUGGCACCGAGACCCCCGGAAGCGCCCGACUGCCCAGCCUGCCAGGCGGCUCAGCUGAGACUCACCGAGGGGAAGAUGGCCUCUGCUGGCCUGGAGCUCCUGGGGAUGACCCUGGCCGUGCUGGGCUGGCUGGGGACCCUGGUGUCCUGCGCGCUGCCCCUGUGGAAGGUGACCGCCUUCAUCGGCAACAGCAUCGUGGUGGCCCAGGUGGUGUGGGAGGGGCUGUGGAUGUCGUGCGUGGUGCAGAGCACGGGCCAGAUGCAGUGCAAGGUGUACGACUCGCUGCUGGCGCUGCCGCAGGACCUGCAGGCCGCCCGCGCGCUCUGCGUGGUCGCCCUGCUGCUGGCGCUGCUCGGCCUGCUGGUGGCCGUCACCGGUGCCCAGUGCACCACCUGCGUGGAGGACGAGGGCGCCAAGGCCCGCAUCGUGCUCGCCGCGGGGGCCAUGCUGCUGCUGGCCGGCGUCCUGGUGCUCAUCCCCGUCUGCUGGACUGCGCACGCCAUCAUCCAGGACUUCUACAACCCCCUGGUGGCCGAGGCCCUGAAGCGGGAGCUGGGCGCCUCCCUCUACCUGGGCUGGGCGGCCGCGGCCCUGCUCAUGCUGGGGGGCGGGCUGCUGUGCUGCACCUGCCCCCCGCCCCCGGUGGGCCGGCCCCGGGGCCCCAGGCUGGGCUACUCCAUCCCCUCGCGCUCGGGCGCCUCCGGGCUGGACAAGCGGGACUACGUGUGAGGCCGAGGGUGUCCCAGAAGGAAAGCCCGCCUCGGGGACCCAGCACUCCCACGGACUCCCUGCUUCCACCUCCCAGUCCGGAGGCCACUGGCUGCGGGGCUACGCCCAGCUCGCGGGGUCCGCGCCUCCUGGGCCCCCAUCCCCAGGCAGGCUAGAGCUGCGGCCUUCCCGGAGUGGCCGCACAGCGGCCUCCUGUGCCCACCACCAGCCGGACUUGGGCCGGCCCCUCCCACCUGCCGGCAACCGGGUCUCCAAAGAACUGGGGCUCUGGAGAACAGCCCGCUAGGGCCAGCCCCUCCGCCCCACUGUGACCCGGGAAUAA